UCACCAUGCCUCUGCUUUGGCCUUUCCUCGAGCUGAUGCUCUUCAUGCUAGGCUGCUGCUCGGGGGCACCCCAAGGGCGCCCCUCUGCUGGGCCUGUACUGAUCCAGUUCCCCGGCGAGAAAAUGAACAAUCUUACUAACCAGCAAUUCGCUGAGGAAUACCUGAAUCGUUAUGGCUACAUCCCGGCAGGGUUGCUGCACAGAGACCACUCUUCUAUGAAGCAUGCGCUAAGGAAACUCCAGCGUCAGCUGGCCCUGCCAGUGACAGGAGAGCUGGACAGCGCCACCAUAGCAGCAAUGCACGCCCCGCGCUGCGGAGUACCUGACGUGGGCCAAUUCCAAACCUUCGAGGGCGAGCUCAAGUGGAAACACCAGAACAUCACCUAUCGAGUCCAGAAUUACUCCCCAGACCUGCCUCCUGAGGUGACGGAUGAUGCUUUCGACCGAGCCUUCGCUCUAUGGAGUAGCGUGACUCCACUCACCUUCACCCGUCUCAGCAGUGGGGACGCAGACAUCCUUAUCCAGUUUGGGGUCGAAGAACAUGGUGAUGGAUACCCUUUCGACGGAAAACAUGGGCUCUUGGCUCACGCUUUCCCCCCAGGCCCAGGAAUCCAGGGAGAUGCCCAUUUUGACGACGAUGAGUUCUGGACCCUGGGCAAAGGCGCCGUGGUCCAAACGCGGUUAGGGAAUGCAAAGGGGGCACCCUGCCACUUUCCGUUUAUCUUCGAGGGCCGCUCCUACUCUUCCUGUACCGCCGAAGGCCGCACUGACGGGCUGCCCUGGUGCAGCACUACAGCUAACUACGACACUGACAAGCUCUACGGUUUCUGCCCCAGCGAAUUGCUCUACACCCUGAAUGGUAACGCCAACGGAGAUCCCUGUGUGUUCCCCUUCACCUUCGAGGGUCGUUCCUACACAGCCUGCACCACUGACGGACGCUCUGACGGCUACCGCUGGUGCGCCACCACAGCCAAUUAUGAUCAGGACAAGCUUUAUGGCUUCUGCCCCAACCGAGAUACUGCGGUAACCGGAGGCAACUCCCAAGGAGAACCCUGCGUCUUUCCCUUCACUUUCCUGAAUCGAGAAUACUCCACCUGUACCAGUGAAGGCCGCACUGACGGCCACCUCUGGUGUGCGACCACUGAUGACUUUGACCGUGACCGCAAGUGGGGGUUCUGUCAGGAUCGAGGGUACAGCUUAUUCCUUGUGGCGGCACACGAGUUUGGGCACGCACUGGGCUUGGACCACUCAUCUGUACGGGAAGCACUGAUGUUUCCAAUGUACAGUUUUACCGAAGGACCCCCGUUGCAUUCGGAUGAUGUGAAGGGAAUCCAGUAUCUGUAUGGUUCUAGGACUGAGCCGGAACCCAAACCUCCGACCUCUGCUCCUGUAGAGCCGGAUUCCACCACUCAGUCCAAUGCUUGCCCCACUCUGCCCCCCGCUGUCAGACCCACUGGCCCUCCUACCUCUCUCCCCUCGGCACCCCCCACUGCUGGCCCCACUGGGCCCUUAGACCCCUCUGAUGAUGUUUGUGGCGUCCAGAUAUUCGAUGCCAUCGCUGAGAUCCAGGGCCAGCUUCACGUCUUUAAAAACGGGCGGUACUGGAGAAUCCAGCAGGGCUCCAAGGGGCGGCGGGCUCAAGGCCCCUUCUUCAUCGCCAACACCUGGUCUGAAUUGCCCCAGAAACUAGACACCGCUUUUGAAGAUCCACUGACUAAGAAACUCUUCUUCUUCUCAGGCCAAAAGGUGUGGAUAUACACAGGUCAGUCAGUUCUGGGCCCCCGUCGACUGCAGAAACUGGGUCUGGAUCCCAAAGUGCCCAGGAUAACAGGUGCCAUUCAACAUAAUGGGGGCAAGGUGCUACUGUUCAGCCAGAAUCAGUUUUGGAGGUUGGAUGUGAAGAAGCAAAAGGUAGACGGAAGUGAACCUUGCCCUGUGGAGAGCAUGUUCCCUGGAGUACCAGAGAACACUCAUGAUGUUUUCCUGUAUCAAGGAAAGGUGUACUUCUGCCAGGACCACUUCUUCUGGCGCGUGAGCCCUCAUGACCAGGUGAACAAGGUGGACCAGGUGGGCUACGUGACCUACGACCUCCUGCACUGCCCAGAGGAGUAACCUCUCAGCUCCCCUGGGCGCUGCCAGAAUGAUAGAUAUGGAGCUGAGAAGGAGAGGACGAACUGUUGCUGUGCAAAUGGUUUAGAUCUGAAAGGAGAGGAAGGUGCGGGCCGGCCCGCAGCGGGAGGCAGGGCAGGGCAGGGCCCGUUCCUUCCUCGCGGUCAGGAAGGUUUCUAAUAAACUCGGAUUUUCGAA